AUGGGUAACAACAGAUUAACUGGUGCGAUUCCACAAGCUCUUCUGGGAUUGGAAAAGUUGGAGUCUUUAAGUUUGCGGGGGAAUUUUCUGUCAGGGGAGAUUCCAGUUGGAAUUGGGAACGUGUCCAGACUCGACAGCAUUUCUCUAAGCGACAAUCGACUAACCGGCGGGAUACCUCUUUCGAUCCAUAACUUGACCAAGCUAUACACGCCCACCCUCGACGACAAUCUUCUAUCGGGUGGGAUUUCAAUUGGGCUACAUCUAGGGUUAUACACUUUCCUCGAUCUAUCCAACAAUCGAUUAUCCGGUGAAAUUCCUCGCACCUUGGGCAGAUUGACGAGCCUGAAAGUGCUCAAUCUCUCUCACAAUCAGCUCACCGGUCGCAUCCCGGAUAGCUUUGGCGAAAUGAGGGAUUUGGAGAGCUUGGAUCUGUCGCACAACGAUCUGUACGGAGAAAUUCCAGAGUCGAUGGGGAAACUGUUGCAGCUGACGAAUCUGAAGCUGAGUGACAACAAUCUCACCGGCCGGAUUCCGCACGGUCCCCAAAUGGACAAGAUUUAUGACAUGGAUUCUUACGACGCAAAUGUCGGUGGGCUGUGCGGGACGCAAAUUUGCGUGCCCUGCAUCGAGCCAAUGACGCCGGAGGAGGCGGCAUCGACUCCCGGAGACGGAAUCGAGAGCGAGGAGGGACUCGUAUGGUUUUCUUGGAUGACGGCCGGAAUCGGGUACCCGACUAGAUUUGUGACGACGGUCCUUGGGAUGUAUGGGUUUGGUUACUUCCACCGUCCGAUGUGGCGGCGGCGACGGAUGAGGAGCCGCGCCGCCAUCAAGUUCUGA